AUGUCCCACGGCACGUCCUCCUGGAGGUCCCACGGGUCCAGAGCCACUGCAACAUUUUACAACAUUAUUCUUCUCUUGUGUUCAUGGGACAAGGAGCCACACAAACUUUUACAAACAAAAUCCAGACUGGAGGGUUGGCUGUCCAUUCCUAACCGCGCUAAUAUCAAACGCUACGGCUGGAAGAAACAGUAUGUGGUAGUAAGCAGCAAGAAAAUCCUGUUCUAUAAUGACGAGCAGGACAAGGAGCAGUCCAAUCCCUCCAUGGUACUAGAUAUAGAUAAAUUGUUCCAUGUCAGACCCGUGACACAAGGAGACGUGUACCGAGCGGAAACGGACGAGAUUCCCAGAAUAUUCCAGAUCCUGUAUGCCAAUGAGGGUGAGUGCCGGAAGGAGGCGGAGGUGGAGGUCCCCCAGGGCGACAAAACCAACUGCCUCCCACACAAAGGGCACGAGUUCAUCCCCACGCUGUACCACUUUCCCUCCAACUGUGAGGCCUGUGCCAAGCCUCUGUGGCACGUGUUCAAGCCCCCGCCCGCCCUCGAGUGCCGCCGCUGCCACGUCAAGUGCCACAAGGACCACCUCGACAAGAAGGAGGAGGUCAUCACGCCAUGCAAAGUAAACUACGACGUGACCUCUGCUCGGGACAUGCUCCUGCUGGCCCUCUCCCAGGACGAGCAGAAGAAGUGGAUCGGCCACCUUGGAAAGAAGAUUCCCAAAACGCCGCCCACGUUCUCCCGAGCCUCUCCCCGCACCAUGUCCACGCGCUCUGGACCCAACCAGUCUUUCCGCAAAAACCCUAAAAGCAACGCAAAACUGAGCAGAGCGUCGUCCAACCUCCACUCUGCAAACACCACGUCCAGCACUUGUUGACAGCAGCCCCUCCACAAAGCCUUGAUCUAACCGUUUGAACCAUCGGAUAUCAUUUUGGACUAUAUAUAAACGCCCCUCCUCCUCAAAAUUCAUUGAGUUCAAACCCGAACCAGCGAUGGAGGUCACAAGCACAGUGAUAUCCCAAAGCUCUGUAGAACCAGCUUGGACCAGAAGAUGGCGCUCUUCUUUAAAAAAAAAAAAAAAAAACAUGGACAAAAAGCAGAGGCAGAAUUUUUCAAUACAUGACAUUUCUUUCAAAAAAAAAUAUCCGUUUUGCUUCCUACCAUCACAAAAUGCAAAAAUAUUGGUUUCAAGAAAAUACUUUUUUGCCUUCGUUGUUUCACUGUUUGUUGCCUUUUUCCUCAUCACUUUUCAGGUUUGGGACUAGAGUAUUUUGGAGAGAGGCGCAUGCAAGAUCAUCAUUAAAACAAUCUAUGCAUUCUUUUUAGUAUAAUUAUUUUUAUUGCUCCAAGCCAUAAAAGGAAGCUUCCGUUGUCAUGGCAAACAGGAGUCCGAAAACUCAAUGAUUUUUAUUUUUUUUUCUGUUUAUUUGGUACAUUGUAAUAUUUUUCUUGUAUUAUUUGUAAUGUAUUGCCUUACAUUGAUUCAUAGAUAAAUGGCUCAAAAGGAAAACAUUAAGUUAACAAAUGUAAAACUGCACUGUUUGAAAUGUAAAUUAUUUGUAGAAGACUAAGCAGGUGUAGC